AUGGACCGCAAGAAGAUCGAGCCCAUCGACACGCUCGCGCUCUCCGAGUCGCUCGGCGUGCAGACGUUCCGCCGCGGCCUGCGGCGGCCCUGGACCAAGGACGAGGACGCCCGGUUGCUCGCGCAGCUCCACACGCUCUACCCGCAGCUCCCGCCGGCCAAAGACAUCAACUGGGACGCGGUGGCGCGGCCGCUCGCGCCCACACGCAAGCCCAAGGACUGCCGCAAGCGGUGGCUGAGCCUGUUGGACCCGCGGCUCCGGCGCGGCAAGUGGCUGGCCGAGGAGGACCAGAAACUCGUGGAGCUGUAUGCGCGGCACGGAACGCAGUGGCAGCUUGUGCUGGCGGAGAUUCCUGGGCGGACCGAGCACCAGUGCUCGAAACGGUACUUGGAGGUGUUGGACCCGGCGCUGCGCGAACGGCUCCGGGCGUGGACGGAGGCGGAGGACUUGGAGCUAGUGGCGCAGGUGCGGGCGCACGGCACCAAAUGGCGCACGGUGGCGCGCGCGCUCGAGGGCCGGCCGCCGCUAACGUGUCGAAACCGGUGGCGGAAUUUGCUCACGGCGGUGGCGCGCGGGCGCGCGCUGGCGACGGUGGCCGCGCGCAUUCGGGCGGGCGACGGCCUUGCAGAAAAUGAGAACACGCUGAAGGAGAAUGGGAAGGAGAAUGGGAAUGGGAAUGAGAAUGGGAAUGAAAAUGAGAAUGAAAACGAGAAUGAAAACGAGAAUGAAAAUCAAAAUGAAAAUCAAAACGAGAAUCAAAACCAGAACCAAAACCAGAACCAAACCUCCUUUGGCCAGAACCAAAACCCUUUCGGCCAGAACUCUCUCGGCCACAAUCUUCUCAACCUGAACCAAAACCCUCUUGACAUCCAAAGCGGCCUCACGCCCCGGCCCGACUCCGCCCGUCCCGACUCCGACGACCGCUUCCCCUACGACUUCAAAGACGCCAAAGACGCCGUGCCCAAAGAACCCUACCCCAUUGGCUACCCGCGCUACAGCGCCACGCCAACCUACACCAACACGCCGUCGCACACGCCGUCGUUCGACGACUUUGCCGGCCUGAACGGCCCCACAUUUGCCCCGCUCGCCACACCCAUCCCGCCCAACUCGCACGUCGAGUGGCGCUACGAGCUUUCGCUGGGCGGCGCCGGCACCAUCGCGUCGCACGAGCUUGCCCAGUACCUCGUCCACUACGCCGCGGACCAUGGCGUGGCCAUCUCGGUCCACCAGCACGUGCACCACCGGCCCGCCCGCUUUGAGCCCGAGCUCACGCGCUUCCAGCACUUCAACUACUUGCCGCCGCUCACCGAGGUGCCCAAACUCACGCUGUCGGCGUCUUCGCCGGCCAGCUCGGGCAGCAGGGACCGGCGGGACGCCCGAAGAGGCGACAGACCCGAAGACCACGAGCGGAAAAGACUUCGGCACGACGACCUGCGCGAUCACAGACAGGGCGCCGAUCACAGACAGGGCGCCGAUCACAGACAGGGCGCCAUGGACGGCCGGCGCGACCACAAGGAGCGGCAGAACGGCUACUACCCCCGCCCCGAGAACACGCCCGACUUCCAGGAAAAGCCCUACGACGCUUACGAGAAAAACUAUGCCAGACCAUACGGGGCCGGGAUGGACAAGAACGACCGCUUCCGCUCCGACAUGGACAAGAACGACCGCUUCCGCUCCGACAUGGACAAGAACGACCGCUUCCGCUCCGACAUGGACAAGAACGACCGCUAUCGCCCCGACUUGGCCGACGACGCUGCGGCCAAAGAGUCGGAUCUUCUCCGUUUGCUCAACGAGGCCGACCGCCCUUCCAACCCGCUUACUCCGCUCACCAAAGCGGUGCAGAUGGUUGCGGCGGCCGAACAAAACUACCUCAAACGCUCGCCCGAGGACGAACAGGAAGACGAGGAGGGCCCGGAUUUUUUCGAAACCAUGCGCCACUUGAACGCUCCAAAGGCCGAGAGACCCGGUCCGCCGGUUUCCCAACACCACCCUUUGCAUUAUGGCGACCUCGACGAAGACUUGAUGGAGUACGGCGUGUACGCCUACCAGCGUGAACUGCCCGAGACUCCAUACGGCGGAAUUCCAUUCAAUCCGUCGUAG